AUCUCUUCAAGUUUGACACCUCAGCAAGAGCAACAACUGAUAGAAGUUCUAAAAGCACACAGGAAGUCAUUAGGAUGGACCAUUUCAGAUUUGCAAGGUAUUAGCCCUUUGAUCUGUACUCAUAAGAUAUUCUUGGAAGAAGGAGCAAAACCAGUUAGGCAAAUGCAAAGGAGAUUAAAUCCCAACAUGAAAGAAGUUGUCAGAAAAGAAGUGCUUAAGCUAUUGGAUGCUGAAAUAAUUUACCCAAUCUCUGAUUCUAAGUGGGUAAAUGUUCCGUUUGAAUGGAGUCCUGCCUGUCAAAAUGCUUUUGAUAAAUUGAAAGAUGCACUCAUUUCAGCACCUAUCAUUCAGUCCCCUGAUUGGUCCCUCCCGUUUGAACUUAUGUGCGAUGCUAGUGAUUAUGCGGUAGGAGCUGUGUUAGGGCAGAGGAAGGAUAAGAAACCUCAUGUGAUAUAUUAUGCUAAGUUCAACAUUGAAAUCAGAGACAAGAAGGGAGUAGAAAAUGUGGUGGCUGACCAUUUGUCAAGGAUUCCAAGUCAAGAUCUCACACAAUUUGAUGAACCAAUUCAUGACAAUUUCCCUGAUGAGCAACUGUUUAAAGUGAAUGUUAUUCGUGCAUCAUCUGUUGUCCCUUGGUAUGCCGACAUUGCGAACUACCUGGCAACUGGUCUGAUCCCAGACCAUUGGAGUAAGCAAGAUAGGCAUAAAUUCUUCAGAAAAGUCAGAACCUUCUUUUGGGAUGAGCCCUACCUCUUCAAGUAUUGUCCUGACCAAAUCAUCCGUAAAUGCAUACCCGAUCAUGAGCAACAAAGUGUCAUCAAUUUCAGUCAUACUCUUGCAUUUACUGUUGACUAUGUGUCCAAAUGGGUAGAAGCAAUCCCGGCCAGAACAAAUGACCAUAGGACUGUCGUGAAAUUUUUGAAAGAAAACAUAUUCAGUCGAUUUGGGAUGCCACGAGCAAUCAUCAGUGAUGGGGGUUCCCAUUUUUGUAAUAAAGUUGUGGCAGGAUUAAUGAAGAAAUAUGGUGUACUGCAUAAGGUUGCAACACCAUACCAUCCCCAAACUAAU